GUCUACAGUCAGUCCAGGAAGACGGGUUGAAGUGAGGUGGAGAAUUCAUCAUUUAGGUAGCUCGCUGCUAGCUGCCUACAGCCGACUUCCGAAGUGUUAGGACCGUUGAAGCGGAAAUCACCAGAUUGUUUUAGUUCCUAUAGGUGCGACGAUGACCAUCUAACCCCAAGAAUGGACAUAAGUUAACAAUGACGGGGGAGAAAAAGAAGAAAAAGCGGCUGAACCGCAGCAUUCUUCUUGCAAAGAAAAUUAUAAUAAAAGAUGGAGGAAGUCCUCAGGGAAUCGGUGAGCCCAGUGUUUACCAUGCUGUGGUGGUCAUCUUCCUGGAGUUUUUUGCAUGGGGUCUUCUCACCACCCCAAUGCUCACGGUGUUACACCAGACAUUCCCCCAACACACAUUCCUGAUGAAUGGACUCAUCCACGGUGUCAAGGGCAUUUUAUCAUUUCUCAGUGCUCCGCUGAUUGGCGCGUUGUCAGACGUUUGGGGCCGCAAAUCCUUCUUGCUGCUAACGGUCUUCUUCACAUGUGCACCCAUUCCACUGAUGAAGAUCAGCCCAUGGUGGUACUUUGCCGUCAUCUCCAUGUCCGGCGUCUUCGCCGUCACCUUUUCUGUAAUCUUUGCCUACGUGGCGGAUAUCACGCAGGAGCAUGAGAGGAUCACCGCAUACGGUUUGGUUUCCGCUACCUUCGCAGCCAGCCUGGUCACCAGCCCGGCCAUCGGAGCCUACUUGUCUGUGACCUACGGCGACACCUUGGUGGUGAUCCUGGCCACGGCCAUCGCGCUGCUGGACAUCUGCUUCAUCCUGGUGGCCGUACCGGAGUCGCUGCCAGAGAAGAUGAGGCCAGCGUCGUGGGGAGCCCCCAUCUCCUGGGAACAGGCGGACCCCUUCGCCUCCCUGCGUAAGGUGGGCCAGGACUCCACGGUUCUCCUCAUCUGCAUCACAGUGUUUCUCUCCUACCUCCCUGAAGCUGGCCAGUACUCCAGCUUCUUCCUCUAUCUCAGACAGGUCAUUAGCUUCUCAUCAGAGACAGUGGCUGCCUUUAUCGCUGUCGUGGGGAUCCUCUCAAUACUCGCCCAGACGGUGGUGUUGGGGAUGCUGAUGCGGUCUAUAGGCAAUAAGAACACAAUCCUGCUCGGCCUCGGCUUCCAGAUCCUCCAGCUGGCGUGGUACGGCUUCGGCUCUCAGCCCUGGAUGAUGUGGGCCGCUGGGGCUGUUGCAGCCAUGUCCAGCAUCACUUUCCCCGCUAUCAGCGCUAUCGUGUCCCGUAAUGCUGAACCCGACCAACAAGGUGUUGUCCAGGGGAUGAUUACUGGAAUUCGGGGCCUCUGUAACGGUUUGGGCCCCGCCCUCUACGGUUUUGUCUUCUACUUGUUCCACGUGGAGCUGACCGACACGGACGGCUCCGAGAAAGGUGGCAAACCCAACAUGGCCAACCCCACCGACGAGAGCUCCAUCAUCCCAGGCCCUCCCUUCCUGUUCGGUGCGUGCUCGGUGCUGCUGUCCCUGCUGGUGGCCCUGUUCAUCCCGGAGCACACGGGGCCCGGCAUGAGGCCCGGCGCCUAUAAGAAGCACAGCAACGGGGCGCAGAGUCACUCCCACAGCCCCCAGGGCAGCGGGGCAGAGGGCAAGGAGCCGCUGUUGGAGGACAGCAGUGUAUAACCACAGCGGAGGGGGACGGAGGGGAGCAGACGGCGCUCUAACCUCAACACCCCCCCCCCCCCCCCCCCCCCCCCCCUGCGCGCGCGCACACACACACACACACACAUUUUUCCAUGCGGACACACUCUCGCCUCAGGCACGCAUCAGACUCGAGUGCUGCAAAGAGGUGUUUGUGUCCACGGCACAAAAGUGGGCCCUCCUUCCUCAGCAGCCCCUCCUUUUUUUCUUUUUAUUUCUUUUUAAAAGCAGGGUCUUGUGAGGACUUUCUAAAGACCCUGUAUGAAGAGAGUGUGUGAGUAUUCUUUUGGGCUGCAGUGAUAGGUGUCUGUGCUCGUGUACGUGUCUUGCUGAGCCGGACUCUGAUCCUUGGGUUCUUUAAAGCGGUGACCGAGUGGAGCAAACAACAGCUCGUCCUCUGCUGCUGCAAAGCGGAACCGGAGUGUUUGGGUUUAGAGUGCGAGUGGGGUGGAUAUCAAAAAGUUAGUAGAUACCUGUGUGAUUCUUCAUAUUCUCCUGUAGCCAGUGACGUGGCCACUUUAGUCCAACGGGAGUGUGACAAACAGCCAGUUGAGCACCUGUCUGCUGGUCUUUCACACGACUUUCGACGCGUCCGAGAAGGGAACGCGCUUCUUCCUCCGGAUGCGUGCCCGCCUGUGAGGGGGGGGGGGGGGGGGGGGGGGGGGGGGGGGCUCUGCGAAGCGCCUGGGUGAAUCAACCAGUUUGGAUAUGAAAAGCGUCGUAAGACCACACUUUUGUUUAAGUUCUGACAGAGAAGGACGCGACGGAGACCACUUUAUUAGCUGAAGCUCUUUUUCAGUGUUUACUUGCCAUUCUCUAGAUCAGUAGUACAGUUCGGGGUGUGUAAUUUCCUCUUCUCAAACUGAAGGUUGUGCUUCAAGUUUUUAGUCGAGAAACAAAUGUUGCCUCAAAGUGACUUAAUAUAUAUAUAUAGAUAUAUAUAUUAAUUACGUAACCUGUAUGAAGACCACGGUCUGAAAAGGCUCUGUAAUCGUGCGCUAUCGCUCCCAUCGGAGCUGUUACGAACUUUUUAUUCCAUUUUUGUUUUCAUGCCCUUUCUGUUUCUUUCCUGACAUUUAUCACCAUCAGGGUAAAGGUCUUACAGAUCCAUAGUUUUAUUUGACGAGCCUUCGGACCAUUUGGAGCUAGUCACUAUCAGCUUGUCAGCGAUGGCACUGACUGUUUAUACAGAAUCUUUCAAUUUAUAUCAUUAGGUUAAACAGUAUAUCACUCGUGCUGCUGUGGUAGAUAAUUAAACGGUUGGGUUUGAUGUCGUGUGGCAGAUACAGAUUUCUACAGUGGCAACGUGAGCAGCGAAACGGUCUCAUUUAAGCUUCCGCUCAUUGACAGGCACCCCAUACUUUUCAAACCACAAAAGGAAAACAUGUUUUUGGGUGUAAAUCGGUAUCUGACUCACAAACUGCCAUUUAACAGGCAUCGGAUUGGUCAUCGGUGGACAGGCUGUGACCUCACUAACCUGCGCCGCCUGGAGGAAACGCAGCUUGCUGCUUCCAGAUGAAAAGACGUUUAUUGCCCACAGUUGUUCCGAUUUAGGCAGACGUUGCAGGUGCACAUAUUUCUUUCAAAGACCAUGUGUGAUGAGUGUUUUUGAAGCAUUUACCUUAUUUACACAAACGGCUGUUCACUGCGAUAGAGAGAUGCAGGGUUCAAGAUUCAAUUCAUUCUUCGAAACGGAUCAAUGCAUGCAUGCUAAUCGAGCAAUGCUGACACCAAUAAAUACUUGAGGGAAAAACUAGAGACAAUUUUUCUUAGAAUAACUUUCCUUCAACGUGCAUGAAAAACCAACUAGAAGGUAACCACGAAGACGGAGGUUACAAUUGAAUUCAUGUCCCAGAAGUAAUUAGAAUCGGUCCACAUAUUAAAUAUAAUCUAAAUGAAAUGUAAGACCUCAUCACGCAGAGUGUAUGAGAGCAUGUGCAAUGUGUGUUUGCUGUGGAUGGGUCUUCAUAUCCGUGGUGUGUUUCUUGUUGAGCACGGACUGCGCCUGGUUCAUCAGUGACGCCGUGUUCCCUUUCGUUCAGCAAGUGGUCAAAUCCCAAUUCUCAAAAGCUGAUUCAAGAAAAGCCUUAAGUGCAUUUCAAUGGCCAAAACCAAACUGAUAUGCAGAAGUAGCUCACAAUGUGUUUCAUGCUGUUUGAUCUCUAUCUGAAGAAAAAUAUACAUAUGUUUUUGUGCCAAUUUUUUUUCAUUUUUUUUUUUCAUACUGUGUAAGUGUGCUUGUUUAUUUGAGUGAUUUUGCAUAUUUUUUUUUGUUUUUGUUUUCUCUUGUCUUAAUUUUUUGGCUGAAUUAUGUAUAGAUAUAUAUUAAUAUAUCACUUUUUAAAACUUCAUCCAGUAAUUUUUUUUUUUUCCCAACAUCGAAAGACCCAAUGAUGAGAGUUCAACAAUUUACCAUUCACCAUCUUUAUUUAAUAACAAGCACUUCACUGUGGUUAGUUAUAUUUUUCCCAGAUUUAUCACGAAAUAAUAACAAAAGUCCCUGUAUGUUCGAAGCCGAGCUUUCGCAAUGCUCUCAACAAUUUGACUCAACCGGACUUAUUUUUCUAUUAUUUCUGAAGGGGUGUUACUAGACAGAAGGCCAUUCGUGUUGAUUUCAUCUUUGAAUAUCCAGUUUUUUUUAAUUUUUGUUUUUUUAUUUAACAUUUAUUGGACCAACGCAUCGGUGAACUCAUGUAUUCAGAACCCCAAAUUGGUCAGAUCCUGCACCAACCUCACGUGCACUUGUACAGCUGUCGAGCAGAUGACUGUAAAUGUACUAAAAUGACUCGUACGUACAUCAAGUGUAUAUAUUUAUUGCUGAAGGAGACGGGCCCCCCCCCCCCCUCUUGAUAUAUUUGGUUGUACGGUGCAAUUAUUAUAUAAGACUUACCUGCUGGCCACUCCUGUUUUUAGUACGGUGUGGUUUGUGGCCUGAACCCCCUCUCUGUGUGCCUAAAUUAGCCAGGAAAUGAGUAUGGCAAGAUAAGUAAAUGGUGGUUGUUAUGUAAAUAUGGGAAACUAAUGACAAACUAUUUAUUAAAGGUUUAUUGUACAAUGAAA